GUUUUUGUCGUCCGUGAAGCAGCUCGUACUUCCGGCCCGCGUGGCCUGCAACAUUGCUGAAAUCCAUAAGCUGCCAGCUCCGGUUGUCCAACAUGGAGGAGGUAUGUCCAGCUGUAAAUGGAUCUAUAGAUGUGAAAUAUAAACGUGAAGAGGGUGUCACAGAAGAGAUGGAUGAUGAAGAAGAAGAAGAAGAGAUGAAUCCAACAAUGCACAGGGGUCUCCUGUCCAUGCCUAAAAUGGAGAAAACAACUGUGGAAAUUAAAAAAGAGGACUGUGAAUGGCAAUCUGCACACCUUCAGCAGGAGAGCUGCGGCAUUAAGGAAGAGGAUUUUGAAAGGGUGGUUUUUGACAUUAAGGAAGACUCGGAGCUGACCUUUCACACCACUGACACGUAUACCACUGAGAGUGUAAACGGUAUAAAGGAAGAAGACCUUAAACCAGAGUUUGACUCUCAGCCUUUGUGUCCAGAUGAAGAUGCUCCUGGAUUGGGCCUCAGGCCCACAAAUCUGUGCUCCUCACCGCAUCAUUCUGUCCUUGUGAAAUCUGAAUAUGUAGAAUCUGACAUGAAGAGAGCUGAAGAAGCAUCGGGUUCAAGUCAUUCUGGAGAAGGUUUCCAAAACAAUGGCAGCUUCUCCUUAUCUUCAUUGACUCAGAAUUCUCUUCAGUGCAGAUCACAACAGACUCUGAUGAAUAUGGAGAAAUCAACAACUGGACCCAUGAUUUUGGUACUAGCCCCUGUGCAGGAUGGCCAGAGGCCAGAAAGGACAGAUACAGUCAAGACUCAGCUGCAGGUACAUAAUACAGAUUCAUCAACUUUGCUUUCUUGUCAGAAGAAAUGUUCUAAGAAAAAAUAUAGAAACAAAGAUAAGCGGACUCAUAAAAGACAGAAGGAGUAUUGCUGUCAUGAAUGUAGAAAACAGUUUUCCACCAAUUGGGGUCUUCAAAUACACACAAGAAUUCACACUCAAGAAAAGCCUUAUGGCUGUUCUGAAUGUGGCAAACGAUUCUACACCAGCAGCAGCCUUCAGAGACACACACGAAUCCAUACUGGAGAGAAGCCAUAUUCUUGUUCUGAAUGUGACAAGCAAUUCUCUGACGGUAGCAGUCUUCAGGUACACGCUAGAAUUCACACCGGUGAGAAACCGUAUCGCUGUUCUGAUUGUGGCAAACAUUUCUCUAGUAGUAGUCAUCUUCAGAGUCACACUAGAACCCACAAAGGAGAGAAGUGGCAUUGCUGUUCUGAAUGUGGCAAGCAGUUCUCACAAAUAAGCUAUCUCCAGAGGCACACACGAAUUCACAGCGAAGAGAAGCCGUAUUGUUGUUCUGAAUGUGGAAAGCGAUUCUCUAACAAAAGAAAUCUGCAGAUUCACACACGAAUUCACACGGGAGAGAAGCCGUAUCGCUGUUCUGAAUGUGGUAAACGAUUCACUGAUUUCAGUGGUCUUCAGAAACACAUGAGAAUUCACACAGGAGAAAAGCCAUUCUGCUGUUCUGAAUGUGGCAAGCAAUUUUCUUUCAGUGUUCAUCUUCAGAAACAUACAAGUGUUCACACGGGAGAGAAACGUUAUUGCUGUUCUGAAUGUGGUAAACGAUUCUCACAACUGAGCAGUCUUCAGACCCACAUGAGAGUUCACACUGGAGAGAAGCAGUAUUGUUGUUUGGAAUGUGGAAAGGAAUUUUAUACCAAAUGGAAUCUUCAAAUUCAUACAAGAAUUCACACCAGAGAGAAACCGUACUGCUGUUGUGAAUGUGGCAAACAAUUCUGUUACAAGAGCAGCCUCCAGUCGCACUCAAGAACUCAUAUAGAAGAAGGCAGUGCAAGUUUCACCAUUCAUAGAUGUGGCUUCGACUGCCGGCCAUCUCUCCAUUACCAUUGCCUUUACUGCCAAACUACAAUAUUGCGGAGAUGUAACUUUGAACAUCAUGUACUAGUUUGCAGUCAUACUCAGCAGUCUGUUUUAGCCCGUAAGACCCUAAUGUCCGGUGCAACGGUGACUUCUCCACCAGCCAUGGAGACCUCAAAAACCACCACUGCAACAGUGACGGGCCCAUCAGCCACCACUGUUAAAGCAAUAAGCGUUCGCGUGCGGGCAGUGAUCAGAAGGAGAUGCCCUAUCUGCAAUAUACUGAUGAACAAAUGCAACCUAAAGAAACACAUUGACCGCAAACACACCAAACACAAAAUACAGGACAUCAAUGUUAGAUGGCACCUUACAAGUCAAUGCCUUGACGAGACAAAUGGCAUUUUCGCUGUUUUGACAGCAUUUGAAGGGCAUAGUAUUCCACUUCACGUGCAGUCCAAAACAAGGGGAGGAAAUCACAGUGUGUCCUGCGAGUUAAAUGAGUGCCGGUUCAAUAUGGAUGUAGCACAGCAGAGUGGCCUCAAGUCUUAUCGCUGCCAACACAUUAGGUCAGUGAGCUACUGUGCCAGCGUAGCAAAAGUCGUCUCGCUCUCAGAAGAUGUGUUGACUGAAAUGGUAAAAACAAAAUGGAUCAGUGGGGAACAGAUGAAGAACUGCCUAGCACAACAGCUUCUUGCCAACACAAACAAGGUUCCCCUCUCAGUCCACACAACCAUCGCCAUCCCACAAACCAAAAAGUGCAUUUCAGUGUAUAAGCCAGCGGUGUCAUAUGACAACCAUAUGGGACGUGUCAUGGUUGUCUUUGAUACAAAGCUAAAUACAUGGCACUGCCCAUGUGCCAAAGUUGGACGAUCUUGUAUUCACAUUAAUGUUGCCCAAUGGCACCUGUUUGAAACCCAUCGUGACCUGUUCUGGACCGCCUGUAAUGCUGAAGAAGUGCUGACCUUGAACACUGAUGAGGAGCGACAUAAUUAUACUGAGGGCAACGGUGUGAAGGAUGACAAUUCGGCCUGUCCAUCAAAAGCAACAAGUAAGCCACCGUUUUCAGUCUCGUUUAACAUGGAGAAGGUGUGUCCAGCUGUGCAGGAACCUCCAGAUGUGGAAUGCAAAUGUGAAGACGGCAUCUCAGAAGAGAGAUGUGAUAAAGAUGAAAUGAAGAAUCCCACACUGCACAAAGACCUCCUUCCCAUGCGUAGCACGGAGGAAGUAAGUGUGGACAUUAAGAAAGAGGACUGUGAGUGGGAGUCUGCACACCUAAAACAGGAAAGCGUUCACGUUAAGGAGGAGGAAUGUGAAAGGCUGGUCGUAGACAUUAAAGAAGACUCUGAGCUGAUGCCUCAAAGCAACCACAGGCAGAAAAAUGAAAAUGUAAGCCAUAUAAAGAAAGAAGAACUUAAAUCAGAACUUGACUCUCAAUGCUUUUGUCCAGAUGAGGAGGUACCUGAAUUACGCUUCAUGCCAAGCACUAACUGCACUCUACAGUAUCAUUCUGGCCAGAUGAAGUCUGAGUCAUUGAAAUCUGAUAUAAAGAGGACUGUAAAAGCAUCCGGUUCAAGCAACUCUGGAGAAGAUUUAAGAGACAAUGGCAGCUUUGUGUUACUUUCCAUCGAUCAGCCGUCUUUUCAGGGCAGAUCACAGGAGACAAUGAAAGAUGAAGAUAUGGAGAAUUCAAAAUGUCAGUCAGAGAAUUUAAUUAACCCUUGCCUUCAAAUGCACAUUACAGAUUCACCCAGUCUCCACCCAGAGCAGAAGAAACAUCUUAAAAGGAAAUCUACAGACCGAGAUGAUAAUCGGAGCCAAACACAACAGCAGCUCAACUCUCAAUUUCAAAAAAGCAGUACUGAGUCACCCACACCCACUGUCUACCAAGAGAAGAAGAAAAGCUCUAAAAGGAAAACUAAAUACAAAGGAGGUGGUAAUGAACACCAUACACCACCGAAGCUGUAUCAUUGUUCAGAAUGUGGCAAACGAUUCUCGCGAAUGAACAAUCUUCAGACUCACAUUAGAAUUCACACUGGAGAGAAGCCAUAUAGGUGUUCAGAAUGUGAAAAACGAUUCUGCACCAGCAGCCAUCUUUUAAUACACAUGAGACUUCACACUGGAGAAAGACCAUACAACUGUUCUUACUGUGGCAAACAAUUCUCAAAUAGUGGCCAUCUUCGGAUCCACACAAGAAUUCAUACUGGAGAGAGGCCAUACUGCUGUUCUUACUGUAGUAAACAAUUCUCCACCAGGGUGCUUCUUCAAACCCAUACAAGAACUCAUACUGGAGAGAAACCAUACUCCUGUUCCGAAUGUGGCAAAAAAUUCUCUGAUAGGAGCAGUCUUCAGAGACAUAAUGAAAUUCAUACUCGAAAAAAAACAUAUUGCUGUUCUAAAUGUGGCAAACGAUUCUUACGAAUGAGCCAUCUCCAGAUGCAUGCAAGACUUCACACUGGAGAGAAGCUGACUGACAGUCCUGAAUGUGGCAAACAAUUAUGUGAUUGUAGCAGUCUUCAGAUACACACACAAAUUCAGAUUGCUGAGAAGCCACAUUGCUGCUCUGAGUGUGGUAAACGAUUCUCUAACAGGAGCUAUCUUCGGAUCCAUGCAAGAAUUCACACUGGAGAGAAACCCUAUUCCUGUUCUGAAUGUGGCAAAGAGUUCAUUGAUGCAAAUAGUCUUCAGAAACAUAGUAGAGUUCACAGGGGAGAGAAACCAUACUGCUGUUUUGAAUGUGGCAAAGGAUUCACUGAUAGGAGCAGUCUUCGGAGACAUUCAAGAAUGCACACUGGGAAGACUUAUUCCUGUUCUGAAUGUGGUAAAGGAUUCUCAUGCUUGAGCCAUCUUCAGAGACACUCAAUGAUUCACACUGGAGAAAAGCCAUAUUGUUGUUCUGAAUGUGGCAAACAGUUCUCCCAACUGAGCAACCUUCAGACACACACAAGAAUUCACACUGGAGUGAAGCCAUAUCGCUGUUCUGACUGUGGCAAACAAUUCUCACAAAUGUGCAAUCUUAAAACACACGCCAAAAUUCACACUGAAAAGGAGCUGAUCUAGUACCAAACUUCUGCUUAGCAGUGAGAGCAGAUGGGGAAAAACUAAUAACCAAGAAAUGCAACUGGAGAUACCUGGAAAGUUUCAUUUGUAUUUUUCAAUGAGAUGCGAGGAAAUGUUAUGUAUUCUAUGACACAACGGCUAUUUUGAAAUGCUCUGUGUGAAAGCGAUAUAAUUUGUUCUAAUAAACUGUGGUACUAAAAUAUGUGAUUACCACUUAACUGUGUGUGGCAUCACACUACAGCACUGGGCAUUAGUUCUUAUCACGUUAGAUUAGAUAAACUUAUUAGAAAAUUGUUAAAUUUUACAAGUAGUAUUACUGAAUGUCAUUGUUUUCAAGGGUGCCAAUUAGGCCCAUGUCACUCUACAGUUUUCAUUUGAUUCUUGUUACAUGACCUUAAGGAAAAUCACAGUAAGCUGUGGAAGGUGGCAGUGCCCGUUUCUUACCGUCACUUUGUAGUACAAUUUUCCCCAGUCACUCGAGCGCUACAACUCUUUGUGACUUGAUAACAUGAAGGCAAUGUUCUUGUUUCAUUGUGGGUCUUUGGUUUCUUCUGUCUACAAGAGUUAACAGUCAGCAAAUAAUAAAACCAGACACGUA